UUAGGGAAAAUACAAUACAACGAAACGAGAACCCUCGAACUCGCACUGUCACGAUAGCAAGGCCGUCGCUCGUUACUCUUCGGCUUCAGGUAGAGCGGUGGCUCCUCCUCCAUCUGGUGCUCCUUCUUCACUGUUCAUUCUGCAACUAGUAGCUCGUUUUCUACAAGGCUUAUAAUUUCUGUAAUGAGGGACUAUAUUCCUCUUCAUUAAAAUAAAGAAAGGAUAAAGGAUGCAGAGAUCGUUGGUUCGGCCUUUCUUAACCAGGCGAGGGUUCAGCACCAGCUCCGAGAAAAUCGUUGCUUCUGUGCUUUUCGAGAGGCUGCCCGUGGUUGUUCCCAAAAUCGACCCCGUCGUUUAUGCCUUUCAAGAAUUCUCGUUUCGGUGGCAACAGCAGUAUCGGCGCAGAUAUCCUGAUGAAUUUCUAGACAGAUCUAAUGCAAGGGGGAAAGGUGAAUAUCAGAUUGACUAUGUGCCAGCUCCUCGAGUCACUGAAGCUGACAAAAACAAUGACAGAAGGUCAUUGCAAAGAGCUCUUGACAGAAGACUGUACCUUCUUUUGAAAGGUAAUCCAUAUGGGGCUCCAGGGGAGAAGCCCGUCUGGCAUUUUCCGGAAAAAGUUUAUGAAUCAGAGGAGACACUACGGAAGUGUGCUGAGUCUGCUUUAAAAUCAGUCAUAGGAGAUCUAUCUAGCACCUAUUUUGUUGGAAAUGCUCCAAUGGGCCAUAUGGUCCUUCAGUCUACAGAUGAUGCGCCAGGGUCUGCAUCCUUCAAGAAAUUCUUCUUCAAGUCACAAGUAAUUGCCAAAAACAAGUUCAACAUUCGCAAGUGUGAGGAUUUUGUUUGGGUGACAAAGGAUGAACUGAUGGAGUAUUUUCCUGAACAAGCUGAAUUUCUGAACAAGAUGAUUAUCAGCUGAUAUUGAUCGCCAUGCCAAAGUUACACAAGACUCCGCUUCUUGGUGCUCCGUGGUUUGUAUGUAUCAAUUGUUAAGAUCAUUGCAAGUUAGUUGAUAGAAUGGAUAUAGAGGAUCUCGAAGAGAGGAUCGAGCUAAUGUAGAGGCAAUUGAAGGUUUCAAUUUGUCAAGUUGAAGGAGCAUAUCAAAUUUUGGAAACGUUCCUUGAGUUAUUGAACGCUGGAAGUGCCCUGUUUAAAACUUCAUUUACGUCUGCAUCUUAUGUAUUUUAUUCUUCAUGAUUUAAUAAUAUAAAAAAAGAGCUAGCAUGGCUUUUGAAUAUUUAUGAUUUAUCCUUAUGUUCGGACAUCACCAAUAAUAGUUUAUGACGCUCAUCGACUUGAUGCGGGUUCCAGAAUCCUAAUUUUUCAUGCUUUAUUUAUAGAUGUCAAUGUUGCUGUGUUU